AUGCAUAUAAAUGGAUCAUGGGGUAUAAAAAUGAACAAGCKAUUCAUCGCAAGAAAACAUCUCAUCAUAAGAGUCCGUUUAUCAAAAAUCAUGGAGCAUCGUAAACCAGACAGCUUCGCCRCUCCACCACAUCCGUUUCCUUUUAACUUUUACAACAACUCCGGUACUUCCUCGGGAUAUCUGAAUUGCAAGUUURCUGAGCUGAAUAAACCAAAGAGUUUUUGUCCCGAAGUUAAGUCUUUUAGCAUUGACUCUCUGUUGAAUCGCAAGUGUGUUAGCCGGGCGAGCUWUGCAGACGAACAAGUUCCUCGUAUCGCAAGCAAGCAAGAACUUCAAGGCGGUUUUUUCUGCAGAGAAGUGAAAUAUGACGCGAGAAUUCCUCAGAGGUUUCGCCCAUAUACAUUUUUCUCUUCUGGRAGUAGUAGUUUUGAGCAAGACAGCGGAAAGGAAAGAGGAGAUGAUGGGAGGGAAUCCGCUGGCAAGAAGGAAUGGCUACGRCUAAAGCCCAAGCGCAUGCGCACWAUCUURACAGUCGAACAACUCGAACGAAUGGAAAGCGAGUUUGAUAGACAGCAGUACAUGGUUGGAGCUGACAGGUACUUUCUMGCGAAUGAACUGGGGCUGACUGAGACUCAGGUUAAAGUUUGGUUUCAAAACAGACGAAUCAAAUGGAGAAAAAACAUCUUGGAGAAGCAGCACCGYCAGCUCUCUAAAAAGAACAGUACAGACUGAAAAUAAUUGAAUGGGUUUCUAAGAAAAACUUUAUAGCUUCUCAAAAUACAUUGUCACAUUUUUCAGAUAAUGUACAUCUUCAGAUCGAUUAUCGAUUUCAAGAGUAUGAAUAAUGUUUGUACAAUAUGGAUGCAGGAUGUAUAUAAAAGCUUUGCAUGUUGCUGAAUUACGAAAAUAUCACUUUUCAGCAAUAAUUGAAAGAGUAACCAAUACUGUUAAUUAAUAUAAAUCGAGUUUACAACGUGAUAGUAAACGAAAUAAUAUAUGUAAACGAAGUUUAAGAUAGCUUAAGAUAACGUGUACAUAAUUGAAACUGUAGGAUAUUAUAACUAAUGUCUACGAAUAGUCGUAAUUUACUGAUUAAAAGAUUUUCCAGUUUGAA